UGUUAUUAAAAACCGCUCAAGAGACACUUUGUUCUUUCAUUUCACACACUCAAAUGGCUGCAGGGUUACAAGAGAGCACAAACGCUGUAGAAAUCAGCAUUCCUAAUUCUAAAUUCGAUGACGAUGGUCGAGUAAAACGAACUGGAACGUUGAUGACCGCAAGUGCACACAUCAUAACAGCAGUGAUUGGAUCUGGAGUGUUGUCUCUAGCAUGGGCCAUUGCUCAAUUGGGUUGGAUUGCAGGGAUUACCAUUCUCGUCAUCUUUUCCAUUAUCACUUGGUUUACCUCUACUCUUCUUGCUGAUUCUUACAGAUCUCCUACUACUGGAUCAAGAAAUUACACCUACGUCGAUGUUGUAAAAGCCCAUUUAGGAGGAACUAAGUACACAUUUUGUGGGCUAGCUCAAUAUGGGAACUUUGUUGGAAUAUCAAUUGGAUACACAAUCACUGCAUCUAUUAGCUUGGCGGCAAUUAUCAGAUCAAAUUGUUUCCAUAAGAAAGGUCAUGAUGCAGGAUGUCACACAACAAAUAAUAAAUUUAUGAUAGCCUUUGGCGUCGCAGAGAUCCUAUUAAGCCAAAUUCCAAAUUUUCAUGAGCUUGCAGGCCUCUCUAUCAUUGCUGCUGUAAUGUCUUUUGCAUAUUCUUUAAUAGGCCUCGGUCUCUCCAUGGCAGAAAUUGCAGGAGGACAUCACCCGAAGACAAGCUUAACAGGAGUAACCAUUGGUGUCGAUGUUACAAGCUCAGAGAAAGUCUGGAACUCUUUGCAGGCCAUAGGAAACAUUGCUAUUGCCUAUACUUAUUCUGUUGUUUUGGUUGAAAUACAGGAUACACUGAAAUCAAGCCCACCAGAGAACCAAGUGAUGAAGAAGGCUAGCUUUGUUGGCGUCUCGGUCACCACUGUGUUCUACAUGUUGUGUGGAACUUUAGGUUAUGCAGCAUUUGGAAACAAAGCACCAGGCAACUUUUUAACAGGAUUUGGAUUUUAUGAACCCUUCUGGCUUAUUGACAUUGGUAAUAUCUGCAUCGUUGUUCAUCUUGUGGGAGCUUACCAGGUGUUUUGUCAACCUAUAUACCAUCUUGUGGAGAAAUGGUGCAGCCAGCGGUGGCCGGAAAGCAAAUUCUUAACGAAAGAAUACGGCGUUAGAAUUCCCUUGUGCGGUGUUCUCAAUGUGAAUGUGUUCCGGUUGGUUUGGAGAACGGCUUAUGUAACACUAACGACGGUGAUUGCGAUGAUAUUCCCCUUUUUCAACAGCGUUCUUUCACUACUUGGCGCUACUUCAUUUUGGCCAUUGACAGUUUAUUUUCCAAUAGAGAUGUUCAUUUCACGGGCAAAGAUUAAACGGUGCUCUUUCACCUGGAUAUGGCUAAAGCUUUUGUCCAUGGUUUGUCUGAUCAUAUCUCUUAUUGUUGCUGCUGCAUCCAUUCAAGGCCUCAUUAAGGACCUCCGCUCCUUCAAGCCCUUCAGUUCAGUUUCCUAGUCCAUUGUUUGUUUAUCCAAUAAAACUAUAGGAGUUUAUGAUUGAGCGAUGGCCUUAAAAUUAUCCAAUCAUUUUGUUGUUGUAUGAAUAAAUUUAUCGAUUUUGUCCUCUAUCGUUUGGUCAAAGUCAAAGACAAGGGUGUCUUAUUUUUGCCUCGGGAGCCAAAUUUUAUUGGUGUUUGAAAUAACAACCGCAACCCAGCUAUUUGUC